UGUGUGGGAACAAAGGGAAGAUAUUGAAAAUAGAAACAUUGAAUGGGAUGAAGAUUAAAAGCCAUGUACCUGGUGCUUAUGCUAGUUUAAGGGUAGUCCUCACUGGGGUCUCAAUAUAUCUAUGUUCACAGAUGAUAUUAAAGUCAAAUGUUGAUUUGAUUUGAUGAUAUUCAAGGAAAUGUGAAGGGAGGCAAAGGGAUGAGGCCAAAAGUUUGAUCAGUAGGAAAGAGGAUCAAAGAAGUGAAAGGUUCAGUGAUACUGAGGUUUGAGAAAGUCUUGUCGUGAAAAGUACAGAUCGGAUUCCUUAGUUUCAAUGUUAGAUCAUUUGUCCCAUGCAGUGCGGUGUUUUAAAUGCCAAAGAAUGGGACGUAGCUGCUCAGUGUAAAGGAAAGAAAAGAUGUGUGAAGGCGCACAUGAUUACGGUGAAUGUGGAAGCAGUGUGAAGGAUAAGUGCUGUAAUUGUGGGGGAGAACACAGUGCAGCAUUUGGUGGAUGCAAGGUACAGAGAGUGGCUCAGAGAUACAGGAUCAGUCAUGAUGUAUCGUAUGCAGAGACCAUAAAACAGAUUGGUAGAACUACAGUGCGGACUGAUGGAGCAUACAUGGGUGGACCUGUAGUGGGUCUACUGUCGGGGCUGGUGCUUCUGAUGGUCCUGGCAUGAUUUCGAGGCCUGUUCAGAAAUCUUGUGCUCAUGAAUGUGCAGUGUCAAAGGACACUUUGAUAAUGAAUUAUAUUGAUAAGAUUAUCAGUACAACUUGGGUUGUGGAAAGCAGAAAUGACAGGUUGAAGGUUAUUGUGGAGAUGGCAAAAUAGAUAUUGGGGGUAACAGAUGUUACUGUUGAAAUGGUUGUUGACAUGCUGAACAAUGCUAAGGGUGGAGUGUUUCAGCAUGAUAUAGAUAACGUUUAAUGGGGAGUGGGUUUUGGGGAGGUUGUCGUAGAAGUUAGGGAUUUAUUUGGUUUAGAAUUUAUUUUCAUGGUAGUACAGAACUGGGCAGAUCAUGAUUGAUCGUACAUUCCAGCACAGUAGGUGGCGGCAUGCACUUAAACUAUUGUUUGCGGACCACCAUGAUAUAGAAGAAAAAUGUUUUCAGGGUUGUUUUAUUGUCUAUUGCCAUGGCUUGUUAGUCAAAAUAGGCUAUUUUAGCUAGAUGAUCAAAAUAGCCUUAAAUUUCCAUGGAGUAUUGAAGACUUCCCGUUAAACCCCACCGAAGAAGAAGGAAGGGGCUGAGGUUAGGUUUAGGUCUAAGCCUAGACUGUCCUUAUAGCUCCUAUGUACUGUAAUCAAUGGAGCCUCAAGAUCUUACCAAAGUGGUUCUGCUGGCUUGUGGGUCUUUCAACCCCAUAACCAAUAUGCACCUGCGUAUGUUUGAAUUGGCACGGGAUUACCUGGAAGAUACAGGACAGUACAUAGUUGUGAGGGGCAUCAUCUCUGCAGUGGGUGACGGCUAUAAGAAGAAGGGUCUGAUUGAGGCCUGUCACCGUGUAGAUAUGGCCAGGCUGGCCACAGACACCUCUGACUGGAUCAAGGUAGAUGCAUGGGAGAGCCAGCAGCCUGAAUGGGUGGAGACAGCUAAAGUGAUGCGGCAUCAUUAUAAAGAACUGAUGACAGCGGAACAGAACAAUGACUGUGUGGACACUGCAAAGAAGAGGAGGAUUGAGGCGACAAUGCACGCUUUCGAGGAUCCAACCUCGUAUCACACAAGGAGAGACAACAGCCCUCAGCUGAAACUCCUGUGCGGCGCGGACGUCUUGGAGUCCUUUGGCGUUCCCAACCUGUGGAAGCACGAGGACAUUGCUGAGAUCGUGGGCCGCUAUGGCCUGGUGUGCAUCACCCGCAAUGGCUGUGACGCCCACAAGUUCAUCCACCAAUCGGAGGUGCUGUGGAGGCACCGCAAGAACAUCCACGUGGUCCGCGAGUGGGUGACCAACGAGAUCUCGGCCACGCACGUGCGCCGGGCCCUGCGCCGGGGCCAGACCGUCCGCUACUUACUGCCGGACCCGGUGGUGAGCUACAUCCAGGAGCACGGCCUGUACAGUGCCGAGAGUGAGCAGAAGAACGCUGACGUCGUCCUCGCCCCGCUUCAGAGACACACCGGCCCCUCCUCCAGCUGAGGUGGCCAGCCAUAUUGCCUGCUGCCAACUUGAAUGCCUUGAGACCAUUGGAGGUCGGUGGGAGGAGCUAUAGGAUUACUGGCUCAUUGGAAUGGAAUAGAUGGAACGGCGUCAAACGUGGUUUCCAUAUGUUUGAUACCGUUACAAUUUAUUUUCUAGCCAUUACAAUUAGCCCGUCUUCCUACAGCUCCUCCCACCAGACUCCUCUACUUGAGACUGUGUAGUAGAAGCAUUUAUCUUUUACUGGUUUGAGAUAAGAUUUGUGAAUGAAUGCACAGAUGUUUUUGUAUAUUUUUGUAACAGUUGAAGUAGACUGCUCACCAGUGCUAGAAUGAGUUUGCACUGGAAUAGCCUCUUGUGUGGCAUCUCCUCAGAGAAUGGGUGAAUCUGCUAAAGAUUAAAUGAAUCACUGUGUGUUUUGUGGAAUAGUAUAAGCACCCAAGUAGUGGCAAUCCCAAGCGGCAGAAUGUAAACCCUUGAUCUGUCACUAACAGUCAAUCUGGUCCGUAGAGCACUUUAUCUGUAUAAUAGCACAGAUUGAAACCCAUGAUUAUUUGUGUACAAAUGAGAAUUCCUUGAUUUACGAUGAGGCUGAUGCUUAACUACAGAAAUGUUUCAUUUCGAAAUGCAAUGCAGUGAUUAACAUGCUCUCGUCCACCCUUGAGUAUCUUAAAAAAAAAAAAAACAAUGCUGGGGCUUUUGUGUGUUUGACUAAUUCCUUCAGGCAAAGGCAGUUGGUAUGUAUGGAAGCUGUUUACAGAUAUAGUAGGCUAGAGUGACAUAAAAACGGCAUGGUGUGUAUUGAGAGAAAUAAAACGCUGUCUCUGUUUUGCAGCUUGUGAACA